AUGAGGCUGCUCAGGAUCGUCGGCAAGAGUGCCUCUUCCCACACCAAGGCGGAGGCGGGGGCGGCGGCUCCUUUGCCGGACGACACGGAUGGUGCCGGGGCGGUGGUAACCGUCGUCGCAGCAGGCGCAGAUCGCAACAACGGCACGGUUAAUGGAAGCAAAGAUGAGUUGUUCUUCGAAGCAAGGCCCUGGUUAGAUUCCGACAGCGAAGACGAUUUCUACAGUGUGAGAGGAGAUUUCACGCCAUCAAGAGGCGGCACACCAGAUCAUCCGAGAUUAACACCCUCAGGUGGGCGGAUGCCGGUAGACAGAUCGGGUCCUUCUCUGAUUCAAAAGAAGCAGAGACUUCUCGAGCUUCUUCAGGAGAAGCAACAUUAUGACGACGAGGAUGACAGUGUCACCGAUGUUAGUAGCGAUUUGGAAAGUAGCGCGGUUCAUGCUGAAGAACACUUGAAGACUUCUCGCAGAACUGAGAAAUCAAAGAAGUCAUCAAGGUCAGGCUGUUUCCCAACCUUAGUCUGGAAGCGUAGCUUCACAAGCUGCAGGAAGAAGAAAAAGGAAAAGGAGCAGAAGGAUAAAGUGAACUAG